AUGUUCUUCUCCUUCAUUCCCCCCCCCCCCCGCCUCCCCUCCCCUGUCGUGGCUGUGCGUCAGUUGACCAGGAAAGCCAGCGAGAGUCCCACUGGGUCCACUCCAGGAAAUCAAGUGGAGGGCGGGCGCGUCGACGGAAAUGAUGAAGAAGAAGGAGGAAAUGAUGAAGAAGGAUCAAUCCUGCCUUCAGAUACCGAGUCGGAGAGUCUGCUGCUUCUUGUGAGUCGGUCCCCGUCAGCUUGCAGCGCGGCGCCGCCGCCGCACCGUGAGGUUCUGAUGGAGUCGCCGGAGGCGGCGCUGAGAUCAGACCACGGGUCCAGUCCUGCGGACCCUCCUCCCUCUCUCACCCGCUCGCCUCCGUGCACCGGCUCAGCCAUUUCCCUCCCGCCGCCCCCUCUCCCUCCUUUGGCCCCUCCCUCUCCUUUGGCCCCGCCCCCAGACCCAGACCUCGGCUUCCACUCCACCCGCUUCUGGAAAAGCUGCAACGCGGCCGGCUGCACGCGGGCGCUCUUCACCGGCUUCAUUAAUGAGAUGAACGCCAUCGGCAGCAGAAUCCAGUCGGACCGGGCCAGCCAGGAGGACUACGACCACGCCCUCACAGUGAUGACUGCUUCUGGGAAACUGGAGGCGCUUGUGGCCCAGCAGCAGGAAGAGCUACAAAGAAAACAAGCGGAGCUGCUGACGGCCACCGGCGCCAUGAAGGAGGUCGUCUCCGCGCUGAAGACGCGCGGCCAUCAGCAGGCGCCGUGGAAAACUGCACUAAUAUACGGCGCCGGUACCUCAAAAUGCACCAAAAGAGUUGAACUCCUACAAUGUGAUCUUUGGAAUGUGCCUUUCUAAACACUGACACAAAGGUUUCAGAAACGAGUGUCUGGUAGAUCUGUUGUGAUGUUCACAGUUUGAAAAGCCCGUUUGUUUCCCUUAACGGUGCCUCAGUGGUCAGGAAAAAGAUUUUUAAAGAAUCUAAUAUGUUGAAAAAGUUCCCCGUCCAACACGUUCUGAACCAAGAGGUUGAAACUGUUAAAAAAUAACAUUGUUUUACUUAAGUUCGUUCCUUUUAUGAUGUGCCAGGUGUUCAUGUACCUGAAGAUAUUUUAUUGUAGAACUAGAAGACGAAAAAACACUGAUUGAAAGUUGGAAGCAGAUAAAUUUGGGCCAGAUAUAGAUGAAAUAGAGUUUAUCAGUAACUCCAAGCUUUGAAUUGUUAAUUAAAGACUCAAACAGGUCAUCAAUUCAUAUGUUUCUGACACGGUGAAACCAAAAGGACGGAUGAGCGGAAAUAAUGCUGCAAGGAAAUUUCUGCAAUUUCUUAAAAAGUAAAGCAAAGUUCAGGAGUUUGUUUACAUUAUUGAUCAAAAGAGGAAUUCAUGUGUCGUCCUCUUGUUCAUGUGAUACAUUGUUAUAACUGUUAGUAAAGUUGUUUGUUUACCUAA